AUGAUAAUGUUAACAAUGUGGAAAAUUUUUAUUGCAUUUACGUUGGUUACGGUGCCCGCUACAUUUGUGGCGGCGCGUCUGCAUUCGUCCAGCAGUCUGGUAUUGCAUGGCAUCGGUGGCGGUGCGGGCGGCGGUAGUGGUAGCGGCGGCAUUGGUAGCCUCGUUGGCGGCUCGUUAUCGAACAAAGAUGCGCACGUGAAAACAAAGGACAUCGAUGCCGUGGAAGGCAAAUCCGUCUCACUGCCCUGUCCGAUUAGUGCGCCGUUGAGUGACGUUUAUAUGGUCCUAUGGUUUCGCGAUAAUGCUGGUAUACCUUUAUACAGCUUUGAUGUGCGCGAUAAAGUGAAUAACGACCAACCGCGACAUUGGUCAGCGCCGGAGGUGUUCGGUUCUCGUGCCAAAUUUCACAUCGAUUCACAGCCGGCAACGUUGGAAAUUAAGGAUAUCAAACGUCAUGAUCAAGGUGUCUACCGCUGCCGCAUAGACUUCCGUACCAGUCAAACUCAAAGCUUCCGUUUUAACCUCACCGUCAUAAUUCUUCCUGAGCAGCCCAUCAUAUUGGAUCGUUGGGGACGACAGCUGAACGGCUCGUUGCUUGGACCCAAGCAGGAAGGUGAUGACAUUGUAAUCACGUGCCGUGUUGUAGGAGGCCGCCCACAACCUCAAGUACGUUGGCUUGUAAAUGGACUACUUGUCGACAAUCAAUACGAACACAAUUCCGGCGAUGUUAUCGAGAAUAGGCUACUUUGGCCGUCGGUUCAACGGACUGAUUUAAAUUCCGUUUUUACUUGUCAAGCAUUGAAUACACAAUUAGAUAAGCCUAAGGAGAAAAGCUUUUUACUUGAUAUGCAUUUGAAACCGCUGACGGUGAAAAUAAUUGAGCCACCCAAUUCAAUGGUGGCCGACCGCCGCUACGAAGUCAUAUGCGAAUCAACCGGUUCACGUCCGAAUGCCAUCAUCACCUGGUACAAGGGAAAGCGGCAGUUGAGGCGCACAAAGGAUGAUAUCUCGAAGAAUGUAACACGCUCCGAACUGAGUUUUGUGCCCACCACAGACGAUGAUGGCAAAUCCAUAACUUGUCGUGCUGAGAAUCCCAACGUCAAUGGACUUUACUUGGAGACAAUGUGGAAGUUGAAUGUCGUAUAUCCACCUCUGGUAACACUACGACUGGGUUCCACUCUAACUCCCGACGACAUUAAAGAAGGUGACGAUGUAUAUUUUGAGUGCCACGUACAAUCGAAUCCUCAAUGGCGGAAGCUCUUGUGGUUACAUAAUAAUAUUCACCUCGAACACAACACCUCCGCACGCGUGAUUCGCUCCAAUCAGAGUUUGGUGCUGCAGAAAAUCACCAAACACUAUGCAGGAAAUUAUGCUUGCAGCGCCAUCAACGAUGAGGGUGAAACUGUCAGCAACCAACUACCGCUGCGUGUAAAAUAUACACCUGUAUGCAAGCAUUUGGAUCGUGUCAUACUAAUUGGCGCCUCAAAGGAUGAAACUGUCGAAGUCACGUGUGAAAUACAGGCAGAUCCGCCCCCCAGGACCUUUCGUUGGAAAUUUAACAAUUCCGGUGAGACUUUGGACGUUGGCAGUGAACGUUUUAGUGUGAAUGACAGCAGAAGUAUUCUGAAAUACACACCGGUAUCCGAUCAGGAUUAUGGCACACUAUCCUGCUGGGCGUCUAAUGAAGUUGGUACACAAAAUCAACCUUGCCUUUUCCAAGUCGUGCUGGCUGCUCUUCCCAAUUCCGUUACGAAUUGCUCUAUCGUAAACCGCACUGAUGUGAGCGUCGAUAUUCAAUGCAUACCCGGCUAUGACGGCGGACUGCCUCAGAUUUUUGUUCUCGAGAUGUUCUCUGCACGCACAGGACUGACAAGAUUCAACUUGACAAACGUUGAAGAGCCACAAUUCUCGCUGGAAAAUCUCGAUACGUUGACGUCCAUGAUGACACAGGAAAACAACUCAUUAAAAUUGCGCAUUUAUGCUUACAACCAAAAAGGCCGUAGUCCCAUACAGCUGUUACCGGAUUUCAUUAUUGGUUCGUCAACAUAUAAAACAGAUGAAGUAUCCAUUUCGCUCUCGCCGGUGCUGGUUGGCAGCGGUCUUACCGUUGUCAUCAUUAGUUUGGCCAUCAUUGUGCGCAUAUUCAUAGUAAUAUUUUUGCAUAACUUGCGACGCAAUCAGCAGCAUGGAAGUAAACCGAUAGCGACCGGUGUGGUGGCGCAGUCAGGCGAUGUGCUGAAGUGCGGUGGCAUGGAAAAACCGCGCUGGCAGCAUACGGACAUUAAAACUAAAUCAUCCGAAGAUCUGGUUGAAGAUGAACGAGAUCCGGAUGUGAUUCCAUCGCAAUAUGUCACUGCUGGCAAUAGCAAUAGCGUCGGCGGUGGUGGCAGCAACGGAGGAAGUGGCAACGGCAGUAGCGGUGGUGGCGGAAGUGGAAACGUUGGCAGCUCAGAGCUUCACUUCACGCCAAUAGCAGCCACAAAGUGGUCACCAAAUUCCAAACAUCUUCCUUCAACCGCGUAUGACAACGUCACGCAGCUCGUCGCUGCUAAUCAAAUCAGCGCACGUACACAUCUACUAGCGGGCUCGACGACAGACCCCACUGGCAGCAACAGUGGCUCCAUUGUCAGUGCAGUGGACACUGGCUUACUGCAUCAUCUUCACAACAGCGGCGGUAGCACAAAAGCUGCAGUCGGUGGUGCUUCAACGUCUGUCACAGCGACAGCUUCAGCGAAUGGCCUAAGUGAGGCAUUAAUCGGUUCGCCCACUUCCUCGUUGAACGCCACGGUUGCGACCACCCACCUGCAGCAUCAGCUGCAUGGUCCUGGCGUUGGUAGCGGUGGCAGUACGUUACCUCCCGGUUUGGGGAGCGGCAGCGGGUACAUACUCAACAGUCUCAUCAGCAGUAAUGAGAGUUGCAACACCAACAGUACCAUCAGCGGCAGCAAUGGAGUUGGACUGCAUCAAAAUAUGGGUGGCCCCAUUAGUCGUGCCAACACAAUGCUGCAUCACCAACAACAACAACAGCAACAACUGCAACAUCAUCCGCUACCUUUGCCACACCCACUUGCAUACAAUACACUUGCAAGCACAACGGGUGUGAAUGCCAGUGGACGCCAUCAUCACAGCGCUUUGCCAUCGAUGUUGCUCACCUCACAGACUUCAGCGUCGUUGAGUGGAAUCGGACUGCUGCUGAAUGCCAACAACAAUAAUAGCAGUAGUGGAGGCGCCAGUGGUUUGGGCCUGGGCAUGACCGGUGCGGCAUCGGCAUCGGCGGCCUCAACAGCAACGACGUCGUGCAAUUCGUCCACGGACUUGGAUGACAACAUAAAUAUCAAUGCCAUCAAGGAUUGUUUAAUGACACAGCGUGUGCCCGAAAGCUGCGUCUGAGCUGGCAAUUUAUGCAGUACAUUGACAAACGCGACAACUAAGUGGAAUGCAGUCAAGAUAGAAAUGGAAGUCGAGUGGAGUGCCGUAAAGUGGUAUGUAUAAAAGGGAAUAGAGUGCAGCGGGUUAAAGUGCAGUGGAUAUGUAAAAAGAAGCAGCAAAGCGAAAAUAAAGGAGUAGGGUAAGGAGCAUACAACUGUAAUAAAUACUUAAGCGUGGAACUCGUGCAUAUAUCCAAACUUACAUGUAAGUGUAGUUGUAAAAUGAGGUGAACUACAAUAUAAAAUUACCUAUAUUGGCUGAGUGUCUCAUGGCUGGUACAUACUCGGCAGGUCUUUAACAAAUUGUAUUAGCAUUAAGCACAUUUAGAUUGAUGAGUGCAAAAAGUUUUCAAGUAAUUAACGCGAGCGCUUGGACAAGCUAUUGAAAAG